AUGUAUUCCUCUGGUUUUCAUCUACGUAUAGCAGGUCAAGCUAGUGCGUUAGGGCCCAGUGGAUUACACGUAGAGAUGACCCUUCAAUCUCACAACCCAAAAUUAACCCACUGGGGCACUUAUUAUUAUUAUUAUUACAGGAUCGUGCACACCGCUUCUUUUUGGGGUGACCAGCAGAUCCCAGUAGUUGAGGAGUUCACGCACCUAGGGGUUCUUGUUUUAGCAGAUAGCUCGCAUGACGCACAUUUCGAGAGGGUGGUCAAGCAGGGUAAUGCACGUGUCGCUGCUAUGAAGGAGAGGGACACCGCGCUGCUUGCGGGGGUGACCAAGCCUCGGCUUGGACUGUACAACCGUGUCACUGAGGGUGCAGGUCUAAAGGAGUAUCUGCUCCGGCAUUUGGAUGGGCAUCGGGCAGCAAAGAUCCGGUUCCAGUUUCGGUCUGGCACCUCCAUGCUUGCACACCAUCGCGCUGACUACCUUCGCAACCAUGCCCACGAGGAGGACUCAGAUGCUUGCCCGACCUGUGCCCACGCAGAUGUUAUGGAGGAUGUGCCUCAUACGCCCUGCGCGUAUGCCCUAUGGCCUCUGGCUUUGGGUUUGCCGACCUAUAAUAAUAAUAAUAAUAAUAAUAAUAAUAAUAAUAAUAAUAAUAAUAAUAAUAAUAAUAAUAAUAAUAAUAAUAAUAAUAGUAAUGAAUUCAUUUCGAAAUCAUUCUUGGAGAUCAAUUACUUCUCAGAGCGGUGCGCGGCGACGGCGGCGAUUAAAACAAAACACCUGAAAACUGGCUCGAGUUCUUCAUUUUCAAUCCCAUAUCUAAGGAACAUACUAUGUAGGUCUUUGCUCCAGUGGAGCGCUCCGCUAGCGUGCUAUCUCUUUUCUAAGGGAGUUAUUUUGGCUGGUGCCAAUGGUCACAUCUGCAGUCCACCGGUACCGACUGAUUGA